CUGGGGCGGGGGGGGGGGGACCAUGGAAGAAAAGCUCCAGGCGCAUCAGGUGGAGAUCGACCCGGAUUUCGAGCCGCAGAGCCGGCCGCGCUCCUGCACCUGGCCGCUCCCGCACCCCGACUUCGCGGCGGAGGAUGAGGAUGGGGGCGCGGCGGGGCCCCCCCCGGCGCUGGCGGCCGGCGGAGCCGAGGGCACCGAGAACGCGGCGGCGGCCCCGGCGGAGCGCAGAGCAGCAGCCGCCGCCGCCCCGCCGCCGCCCGGUGCGGACGUUGGACAGCUCCGCAAGGCCAAGACGUCCCGCAGGAACGCCUGGGGGAACCUCUCGUACGCCGACCUCAUCACCAAAGCCAUCGAGAGCUCCCCGGAGAAGCGCCUCACCCUCUCGCAGAUCUACGACUGGAUGGUGCGAUACGUCCCCUACUUUAAGGAUAAAGGAGACAGCAACAGCUCCGCCGGAUGGAAGAACUCCAUCCGGCACAACCUCUCCCUGCACACCCGCUUCAUCCGCGUGCAGAACGAGGGCACGGGCAAGAGCUCCUGGUGGAUGCUGAACCCUGAGGGCGGCAAGACGGGGAAGACGCCCCGGCGGCGGGCGGUCUCGAUGGACAACAACAGCAAGUUCCUGCGCAUCAAGGGGAAGGCCAGCAAGAAGAAGCAGCUGCAGGUGACGCAGGAGCGCGGCGAGGACAGCCCGUCCGCCCAGCAGGCCAAGUGGUCGGAGAGCCCCGCGUCCCACGCCAGCGACGAGUACGACGCCUGGGCGGACUUCAGGACGCGGGCCAACUCCUCGGCCAGCACGCUGAGCGGGCGCCUCUCGCCCAUCAUGUCCAACCACGAGCCCGACGAGCUGGAGGAGGACGAUGGCACGCCGUCCUCCCCGCUGAUGUACCCCAGCCCCUCCAGCACCAUGUCUCCUUCCCUGAGCGCCCGCUGCUCCGUGGAGCUGCCCCGGCUGACCGACCUGACCGGCACCAUCAGCCUGAACGAGAGCCUCGGGGAGAGCUUGCUGGAGGACCUGCAGGACGGUUACAGCAUGAGCCCUUCGCAGCAGCUGCCCCCAGCCGCCCUGCGGCAGCGGAGCUCCAGCUUCACCUUCAACUCCAAGUGCUCCAGCAUGGGGGCUGCCACCAACACGUACUGCGGGACCAUCUACAGCCAGCCGGCCAUGAGCCUCAUGCGCCGCCUGCCCAUGCAGACCAUCCAGGAGAACAAGCAGGCCACCUUCUCGCCCGUCAGCUCCUACAGGAACGCCUCGCUGCAGGACCUGCUCUCCUCCAUCUCCUACACGCACAAGGAGAGCAUGGUCCCGGGGGACCUCCCCAUGCCGCAGGCCGGCCCCAUGGUGCCGGCCCGUGGCCACAGACAGACCCCGCUGCUGUGCAGCGGCGGGGAGCAGGGCUUGUCCUCCUACCCGGCCCACUCGGCCUCGCUCAUGAAGAGCAGCGCUUUGUACCACCCGUCACCAGCCAGCCACCACCCUGCGGUCAACACCAGUGCCUUAGCCAAUCCUGUCAGCCUUAUGAGCCUGCCCAGUGACACGUGCAGCAUGACGGCCAUGCCGCACCACGGGCACCUGCAUUCCUACGCUACUAACCAAGGGGCACACAUGAGCUUGCUGGAUUCGCUGCAGGGCCCCUACCCGGGGGCCGUCCACCCCCCGGUGUUGGGCCAAGACAGGUUCCCAGCAGACCUGGACCUGGACAUGUUCAACGGGAGCCUGGAGUGUGACGUGGAGUCCAUCAUCCUGAAUGACUUCAUGGACAGCGACGAGAUGGACUUCAACUUCGACUCGGCGCUUCCGCCGCAGAACGCGCUCAACGUGCCCGCGCUGCCCGGGGGCCCGCAGCCCACGAACCAGAGCUGGGUGCCCGGGUGACGCCCGCCCGGGUGCCCGCCACCGAGACGUCGCGAGGGGAACGCCGAGACAAACUUUUUUUUUUCCUUUCUCUUCUGCCUUUAUUUGUUCAGAUGGGCUAGAGCCAUCGGGUCAAACUUGCGAUGAAACACAAACCCUAGGGUCAAACGUUGAGACGGGGCGGGGGCCGGCCCCAGACGGGCACGGCGGCGCCAGGGGACACGGGGCAGGCAGGAGCGGCGGAGCCAGGCGGUCCCAGGGGGGGCAGGGGAGCAGGGGGGGAAGCCCUCUCCAGGGGGUCCCAGCGCCAGUGCCGGCUUGGCUCGGCCCUGUGCUGGAGGUCCUGGGGCUGGGUGGUGGAGCAGGGACAGCUGGUGGUGCAGGGGCCAGCUCUGUGCGUGGCAUGUUCCAGAGGGGACCCUUUCCUCAGAGCCGCCUUAGCAAGCGAGUCCUCCAAGUAGAAGUGUCACGAGAAGGGAGCCUGCCCCGGGCCAGGGAGUUCAUCACCCCCAAAACCCUGCUGGGGACCUGAGAGCAACCCGUGCGCCCAGGCCCCCUCCGCUGCUGCGCUUCUGGAAGGUUUGGCUACCAAGCAACAGGAAGGGCUGGUGAUGGAGGGAAGGGUGUGCAAGCUGCAGCAGCACAUGCGCCCUGUGCAAGCCAGAGGUCACGCUGCAGGGCCACGGUCACGCUGCAGGGCCGUGGUCACGCUGCAGGGCCGUGGCUGUGCUGCAGAUCCGAGGUCACUGCCGUGGGCUGUGCCACGGUGGCCGUGCCAGAGGACGUGCUGCUAGCCGCGUGCCCUGUGCCAGCGCAGGCCAGGGGGAGUCACAGGGUCGGGGAGGGGGGCGUAUUUAUUUGAUUUCAUGCACUCUUUUGCCAUUGAGUUAUUGCAUUGGAAGGAAGGGUCGAGCUUAGGGAGAGGAGAGAGGCCAGGGGCAGCGCCUGCUCAGCGGGGGCUGCGCCCAUUGCACAUCCCGGCUUGGCUCGGCCGUGGUGUUGGAUGCCAGGGCCGCAGGCAGAAGCGGGGGGCUGUGGUGUGGGUCACCCUGGCUGUGUUUCUGUCUGUCUGUGAGAGAGGGAAAGCAGUGCCCACCCCGCCCUCACCUCCCCAGGUUCCCAGGCCAGGGUGACCCACAUGGUCGCAGAGCUCAGGGAGGUGCCAUGGGGCUCACGGCUGGGACAGGAGCUCCUGGGGUCGUUACUGGCUUCAGGAGGAGCUCCUGUCCCAGGGGCUCGCUGGUGGAGAGCUGGUCUGGGCAGAGGGGCCAGAGAGAGGAGUCAGCAAGAAGUCAGCUCCGGUGCACCAGUCUGCCAGGGGCUGGUGCUCGGUGGGGACAGGGACCACAGCUCGAAGGGAGUAGGGCUGAGCCCUUGGACCGCUGUGUCCUGCCCUGCUGAGCCCGGGCACAGUGGGGUUUCUGGAGGGGGGCAGCCAGGCAGGAGCAUGGUCCAGAGCAGAGGGGCUGGGUGCAGAGGGCGGUGGGAGCCGCUGCUCUGGCCAUGGGAUCUGUCUUCCUCCUGGGCACUGCAGGCUCUCUUGUGCGCCCUGCCCUUGGGAAGCAGCGCGGGCUGCUGUGCGGAACCAGCGCGUUUUCCCAGCCCGGCUCUUCCCUUCCCAGCGCGGUGCCAGUGCUGGGUCCCACCGAGCCGCAGGGACAGCGUGGAUGCUCGGAGCUGGGGCAGGGGGACCCGUGGGUGGGCGCCCCCUGCUCCUCUCCUGGCCCCGGGUCUGUGGCAGAGCGUGCCAGGGGAGCCCCACGUGCCACCGCUCACCUCCGCCCUGGGCACACGGCGGGCAUAGUCUCUAAAGACAUUCUUACAGGUUAAUUAAUUAUGUUUACAUUAUUUGAUCAUGUACAGAAUUUAAUAUAUUCUAUUAUAUAUAAUCUUUCUUGAAUGCUUUUUUAAAAAGAAUUAUUCUUUGGGUCAGGAUCAUUCGUUUUAUACACCACCUCUUGUUUCAGGCGUAUUUAAAUCAUCGGAAACCGAUUGCGAUUGCAAAUGGCUAUUUAGUACCCGGCCCCCCAGCUCUGCAGGGGGGUGUGAAGGAGCUGGCGAGGAGAGGCAGGGAAGGCACUGCGGCUGCCAUGGGAGAGAGCGGGGGUCCUGCCCCGUGUGCCCCCCGAGCAGGGGAGAAAUGGGGGGGGGGGUGUCUGCAUGAUGGGCACACCCAGCAGCUCACCAGCACCCGGCACGCGGAUGAUUGCAGACGGGGGUGCCCGUGCCCAGGGACCCCCCUCCACACCAGCAGGAAGAGAAGAGCCCCCCAGCCCCAGCCCCGCUCGCCUCCCCCUGCCCCGCGGCGCGGUGGCCCCGGGCGUGCACCCCCGGGGCAGGUCCCAUUGCGAAGCUGUCUUUGUGGUUCGUGACCGUGGGGUUGUCGUGUGUGCGGUGGAGUCGUGUUGGUAAGCGUCGUGUGUACAGUCGUCGUGCGGUGCGGUGCGAGGGACAGCGGGCGGCGGGGAGGGGGCCCCCCAAAAAGCAACCGGGGGGGGGGUGGGUGGGCAGGAGCUGGGGGGCUCUGGGUGGAGGGGACGGGGAUGGGCUGGACCUGGGUGCUCGGACCACGGCGUGGGGGGAGCUGGUGAUGCUCAUGGGGAGAGCCAGGAUGUGCCCAGCACCCCGCUGCCUGCGCUGCUGCUGGGUGGAAAUCAGGGCUGGGUUUCACUCUGGAACCUCCACCAACAGCUCCCCAAGCACCAGCCCAUCGCCUCCCACCUCGCCCGGCUCCAGCCCCCCCCUGCAGCCCCUCCUGUCCCCCAAGCCCCGUCCCUGCCCCACGGGACAGCCCAUGGGGCAGGCAGCGCCCGCUGCUCCCAGCCCUGCGCCCACCGAGCCCCAGCCCUGCCCGGAGCCAGGAGCCGGCGCCGAGGGGACGCUGGGGGGGCCACCGGUUUGCUUCAUGCGGCGGCUUCGGUCCGUCCUUUCCCUCGUAUUUAUAACUGUACAGACUGGGGGGGAGGGUCUCUGACAGGCGUCAUCUCUCACCACGCAUCUAUCGUAGGCAAUGGUAACUUUCUUGGUUGUGCUAUUAGAGUUUGUGUAUGUGGCAAUGUAAAGAACUGUGUAUAGUGCAUUGUACAGCAUAUUUUCAUGAAUAAAAUUGUUUUAAAUAUUA